UCAUAACAUAACUCACACUCUGCAAGAUCAAAAAAAAAAAAAAAGCAGUCUUCCCUCCCUUUCCUUCUCUCUCCCUAAAACAAUCAUGGGGGCUCGUCCGCGUUUCGAGCCAAUCACGAAAUGUAACAAAGAGGGAAGAUCGAACCAGGCUAUAGCUGCAGACUUAGAUGGCACUCUUCUUGUGUCAACAAGUGCAUUUCCUUAUUACUUGCUUGUUGCACUUGAAGCAGGAAGUCUCUUAAGAGCUAUAAUGUUAUUAGUAACUGUUCCAUUUGUUUACCUUACCUACUUGUUCAUAUCUGAAGCAAUGGCUAUCAAGAUUUUCGUGUUCAUUACUUUUGCAGGACUUAAAAUAAGAAACGUAGAGCUUGUUUCUAGAUCGGUCUUGCCAAGAUUCUACGCGGAUGAUGUUCAUCCAGAAUCUUGGAAAGUAUUUAAUUCUUUUGGAAAACGAUAUAUUGUAACUGCAAACCCAAGAAUUAUGGUUGAGCCAUUUGUCAAGAACUUUUUAGGAGCUGACAAAGUUCUUGGAACUGAAUUAGAGGUGUCAAAAUCAGGAAGAGCAACUGGAUUUGUCAAGAAACCUGGAAUUCUUGUUGGAAAACAUAAAAGAGAUGCAAUCUUGAAAGAAUUUGGGACUAAUUUGCCGGAUUUAGCCUUGGGUGACAGAGAAACUGAUCAUGAUUUCAUGUCCAUAUGCAAGGAAGGAUAUAUGGUGCCAAGAACAAAAUGUCAGCCACUGCCGAGAAACAAGCUAUUAAGCCCUGUAAUAUUUCAUGAAGGAAGAUUAGUUCAAAGACCUACACCAUUAGUAGCUCUCUUAACCUUUUUAUGGCUUCCAAUUGGUAUUAUUCUUUCAAUUCUUAGGGUUUACACAAACAUCCCUUUACCAGAAAGACUUGCAUGGUACAAUUACAAGCUACUGGGAAUUAAAGUAUCAGUUAAAGGCACACCACCGCCUCCGCCAAGGAAAGGCCAAAGCGGUGUUCUUUUAGUCUGCAACCACCGCACAGUUUUAGACCCAGUAGUUACAGCAGUUGCCCUGAAAAGAAAAAUCAGCUGUGUUACUUAUAGUAUAAGCAAAUUCUCUGAAAUAAUUUCUCCAAUUAAAGCUGUUGCAUUAUCAAGGGAAAGAGAAAAGGACGCAGCAAAUAUCAAAAGAUUAUUAGAAGAAGGUGAUCUUGUGAUUUGCCCUGAAGGAACUACUUGCAGAGAACCAUUUCUGUUAAGAUUUAGUGCUCUUUUUGCAGAACUUACUGAUAGAAUAGUUCCGGUUGCUAUUAAUACAAAACAGACUGUUUUUUAUGGCACCUCAGUUAGCGGGCAUAAGCUAUUGGAUCCUUAUUUUGUUUUCAUGAAUCCAAUGCCGACUUACGAAAUUACGUUCUUGAAUCAGUUGCCUGCUGAGCUUACUUGCAAAGGAGGGAAAUCUGCCAUUGAAGUUGCUAACUACAUACAGAGGGUUCUCGGUGGUACUUUAGGGUUUGAGUGUACUAAUUUCACUAGAAAGGAUAAGUAUGCUAUGCUUGCUGGCACAGAUGGUCGCGUUCCCAGUCCAACAGCUAAGAAGGAAAAGGAAAAAGAAAAGGAAAAGAAUUAAGAAGUGGCGAAAAAAAUUCGCUAAAUUUGAAGUUAUAUUGUUUUGGUGAUCAUAUGCAUUUAAAGUUUAUUAUAAAAAUAAACAUUGAGGUUGAUGAUGUUUAAUUGGUACCAAAUAAUUAAUUAAUUAAAUGAACCCUUUUUUCGAAUGUAUAUUUAAUUUACUAUUCAAUAUUAAUUUUGAUAUAGGAAUUAAUUUUUA